AUGGUUAAGAUAGAUCAUUCCACGCUACAUCCAAUAAAGCCACAUGAUUCGUUUACUAGAUCACAUAUAAUAUUAGUCUCUUUCUGCUUCUGGAUAGUUAUUCUUCACGUUGGGGGACUCUAUUUAUUUACAAGGGGAUUUUUACUCGCUAGACUUGUUUUAGAGGACCGUAGUAGCUGUGCAUUAUAUCCCUUGUCGCAAGACCAAAAUAAUGUUCUUCAAGUUGAAAAUAGUGGAUCUUGUUGGAUUGAGCCUCGAUACAAAAAGGCUGUAAUAAUAGUGAUUGAUGCAUUGAGAUUCGAUUUUGUCGUUCCACUGAAUGAGAGCGAUCCCUCACUUUCACCAUACUAUACAAACAAGUUAACUUAUUUACACGAACUAUUAACCGAUCAACCAUCGAAUGCGUUACUUUUUCAAUAUGUAGCGGAUCCACCAACAACCACUCUACAGAGACUGAAAGGUCUUACAACCGGAACGUUACCAACAUUCAUCGAUGCAGGGAGAAAUUUUGCAGGAUCCGCUAUAACAGAAGAUAACCUCAUCGAUCAACUGAAACAAUUGAACAGAUCCAUUGCAUUUAUGGGAGACGAUACCUGGACAUCUUUGUUUCCCACGCAAUUCCAUGUGAACAUGUCAUGGCCAUAUCCAAGCUUCAACGUGUGGGAUUUAUAUACUGUUGACAAUGGAAUAAUCGAACACUUGUUACCAACGAUAAAAGGAGAGAACAAAUGGGACGUAAUAAUAGCACAUUUUCUAGGAGUGGAUCACUGUGGACACAGAUUUGGGCCUGAUCACCCAGCAAUGGCGGAUAAGUUACAACUGAUGAACAAUGUAUUGCAUGAUGUGGUCAAGGGUAUUGAUGAUGAAACGCUUUUGCUAGUUAUGGGAGAUCAUGGAAUGGAUAGCAAAGGCGAUCAUGGGGGUGACAGUGAUAAUGAAGUAGAGUCAUCGUUGUUUGUUUAUAGUAAGAAGCAGUUAUAUCAGAAUGAAUUAGAAGACAUUAUGCAGUUAGAUGAGGAUGAUGGCAUAACAAGAGGGGUGAGAUUAUAUACUACAAACUAUGGCAAAUGGAGGAGUAUUCCUCAGAUUGACCUUGUACCAAGUCUUGCACUGCUAAUAGGCCUACCAAUACCAUUUAAUAAUCUUGGAGCUAUAAUUCCAGAGCUAUUCUUCAUUGGAGAAGAUGUUGAAAAGAGAUAUGAGAGUCUUCUCAGUGCUGUCAGAUUAAAUGCCCAACAAAUAUAUCAAUACGCAAAUGAAUAUUCGUUGCAACAGCCACAUGCAGAACUAUCAACAACGGGAAUGGAGAAAUUCCGACAUUUGUUUGAUGAUGCUGAAUAUGAAUACCUUGGUCUGAUACAGAAAAAAGAGAAAGAAGCAGCAAUGGAUAUAAAUUCUUACAGAAAAAUACUAAGGCUUUACAUGCAGUUUCUUAGAACAACUUUGCAGACUUGUCGACACAUAUGGGCACAGUUUGAUUAUCCGUUAAUGGUAUCUGGACUGGUUAUAUUAUUUAGUAGCUGUGGAGUGAUAUUAUUAUCUAUAUUGGGAAUGCCACAAUACAAGACCAUUACACUACACAAUGAGAAAGUGAUGAAGAAUAUAAUCGCGGGCGGGGCAAUUGGCAUUCUGCUUGUUAGGAUAGGCGUGGUCAAGACCUUGCUAUGGCGAUGGUUAGAGGAUUCUGAUUUCAGUAAAUUGGACAUGAUGGUACUGUCUAUGUGUGGGGGUUCAGUUCUUGGUUAUAUUAUGACACUAGUCACUCGGAUAAGGAUAAAUGAUCUGAUGCGGAAUAUGAUGACAAGGGAUAACUUUAUUGCAUUUAUAUUUCUCUUAUUACAUACUUUAUCAUUCGCGUCAAAUAGCUUUACCAUCCAUGAGGACAGUAUAACGCUUUUCUUACUGCAGACGUUCGGCUUUAUUACAAUUAUCCAAUCGUUCCGCGUUCCAACGGACUCGGUUAGGAAAAGAUUGACAAUUUUCGCUUCAUUGUUCGUGCUACUCACUAGAAUAUCACAUUACUCUACUAUAUGUAGAGAAGAGCAGAUGCCAGGUUGCACUCAGACAUUUUAUGCAUCAUCUGCAAACUCAAUUUCCUCUCCAUCUACUCUUACAGUCCUUAUUGCAUUGGCUCCUUUGAUACCAGAAAUCAUAAAGUGGCUAUUAAAUUUAUCAAAUACUUACAAUGGAAUAGCAUCCUUAUGGAUAGGAUGGGGAUUACGCGCUGGACUGGUGCUCUCUGCGGCUUAUUGGAUCAUGGAUGAUAGAGAAAAUGCUAAUAAUACAUUAAAGAAUAAGUCUACUGAAGUUAAUUCAAUUGAAUAUCAAGGAAGUAAGUGGUUGAAGAAUUUCAUAGUACGGAUGGCGUUUGGUCUAUCUAUGGUGGUUGGUAAUACAAUGUGGUGGAAAGCACCUCUGUGUCUGAAUUUGAGGACUGUCGAUCAAGCAAUAGGAGGAAGUAGUGGAGUCAAUGAAUUAAAGCAAGAGAGAAAACGAAAACACGGCAGUGUAAAGAAUAACGUAAAAAAGAAUACUACCGAUAAUUCGAAAGGAAAGACAGCUGUCGUAAUAUUGGGAUUCGGCAAUGCUCUUGGAUCAUCAUACUUUGUAUUUGUGAGUACAUUGUAUUUGUUGGUUGUCAUUGUACAGAAGCCAAUGGGAGGGAUUAUGACAUCAAUUAGUAUCAUACAGAUGCUAUUGUUGCUGGAGAUUCUAGAUUUACGCAGAGAUGCUGAUGAAUUGGUAGAAGAGGUCAAGAGACUACAGAGGGAUGAAGCCGAUGAAAUGGACGAUGAUCGGAAAAAUAAGAAGAACAAGAUCUCUGCCGCCAGCGAUAAUGUUGACCAUCCUUCAAUGAGUCUUCCUCCUCAUAUGCGAGAGCAGAGUGGUCAUCUACUAUCAGCGGCAAUUUUCACUCUCAUGUCGAUGUUCUACUUCUUUGCUACGGGUCACCAAUCAACGAUUUCAUCCAUUCAAUGGUCAACAGGAUUCAUUGGAAUAACUGAGACAUCUUAUCUAAUAUCUCCCAUUUUAAUCACAUUAAACACUUUCGGUAGUCAAAUUCUAUUUUCUGCAGCUGUUCCUCUUGCUGCUUUAUGGAAUUUACCGCCAAAGAGAGAAGUUCCUAUGUACCAGAACGUGAUGAAAGUUGUAUUAUAUUAUAUGUUGUAUAAUUCCCUACUGACUUUGAGUGCAAGCUUCUUUGCUGCAUGGUUCAGAAGACAUCUGAUGGUAUGGAAGAUAUUCGCUCCGAGAUUCAUGCUAGGCGGGUUAUCAUUAGUUGUAAGCGAUUUAGUAAUUGUUGUAAUUGCUGUUGGAGUUGGAGUUGGGCGAGUUGUUGUUCUCAAAACGUUUGAUCUGUCGUUUACUUACAAUAUGGACACCGGUCGUUUCUUCAUCAUCGGUGUUACUAUUCUCAUAUCUUUUCUUUCUUAUUCAAGUCAAUAUUUUAUCUUCUGGGAAUAUCUGGGGGGACUAAAUGUCCAGACUUUGCUAGUUCUCGGACCCUUUAAUUUCUUUGUGUUGUUGUUGGCAUAUAAUUAUUAUCUUACUUGCACAACUGAUCCCGGGAGAGUGCCAAAUGAUUGGCGCCCUAAUAUGACUGAGGACGUAGAAGUGAAAAAGUCUAUACGCACACCAAGAUAUUGCAAAUCUUGCAAGUCUUACAAGCCUCCUAGAGCCCACCAUUGCAAGACAUGUCAGAGAUGCGUGUUGAAGAUGGAUCAUCACUGUCCAUGGACUAAUAACUGUAUCGGAUAUUAUAAUUAUAGUCACUUUCUUCGUUUUAUAUUCUGGGUUGAUGUUACUUGUAUCUAUCACUUUGCGCUAUGUAUACAGAGGACUUACUGGAUGGUGAACGAUGUCACUUACACAAAUGAUGAUCCAUCUCCAGUAGAAGUGGUUUUCCUGGUCUUAAAUAUCGUAGCAGUAAUACCAGUAAUAUUCUCAGUAGGGGUAUUGAGCUGCUGUCACUUCUAUUGCCUGUGUUCAAAUACAACAACAAUAGAGACUUGGGAAAAAGACAAAGUUGCGACAAUGAUUCGAAGGGGGAAAAUUAAAAAGGUAAAGUUCCCCUACGAUCUCGGAUGCUUUGCCAACUAUCAAUCAGUGCUUGGUAAAAAUGCCCUAUUAUGGUGCUGGCCACAACACAUGUCCGGUAAUGGAAUAGAUUAUUCAAUCGCAAAAAAUGCAGAUCCGGACUUAGUAUGGCCUCCUAAGGAUCCAACAACACCGUCACCAGCUUCACUACCACCAAAACCAUGGCACAUAGAGGACUAUGAUCGUAAUUUUAAUCGUCGCUCUUCUCAUAAUAGAAGAAGACAGAUAGUUAGAAGAGACAGUGAGGGAUACGUAGUAAGGGACAUAUCUUUAGAGGAACGCCAGAUGUGGGUUGACGACAUUUUAGGAAGACGACUUGAAGAAACAUCUGACCCUUAUCAUAACUCAGAUGGAAGUACAUUGUAUUCAAGCGGUAGUGAACGUUCCGACGAAGAUAUUUCUGAUGACGCGAACUUUUUCGGAGGAAACAGUGGAGUUGGUGUUGGUACAAGUAAUGGAAAGAGAAUACAGACUGUGGAUGAAGAUGAUUGCGUGCCAAUUGGCUUAAUAGUCUCUCGGAAUCAGACUUCUAUAAGGCGAUCGUCAUUAAGUGAGAUGGACACUGUCGAGAAUAGCAGUGAAGAAAAUAUCAUUACUGACGAGAAAGAUGAGAAAAUUUAUAUCAACUAA